AUGUCGUCCUUAUACUCUGGCGACCACGGGGAAGGAGGUAGUGCCAGGGCAAGCAGCAAAUCCAUCGGCCAGGCGAUGCAGCGGACUCGGGAAUGGAUGGCGGCUUAUCAGACGGGAUCCGGCGACUUGACCGCAUCAAACUCAUCACAUUCGCCAUUUACCAACCAAAAUGAUGAUCUGGAUCUCGAUUCACUUUUCAGGCGUCUGGACAGGUACACGGCCGAAAUGCAGGAAGUGGAGGACCGUCUGAAGCGAGCGAGGAGCGUUUCCGAGAAAUCCGAAGGCAUCAAUAUCAAGAGGUUCUCUUUUGAAGGCAGUCCUUCUCUGGAAGCGACCGAACCUUUGCCCACAUUCGAGGUGCCGUCCACAUCAUAUCCUGCCUACGAGUGGAAACCGGGACAGAUCACAAGCAUCACGACUUCCUCAGAACAGGCCUUGACAGCUCCCCUCGCCCGCGCAGCGCCUCAGAACUCCUUACGAACCAGAACCCCGCCGCCCGACCAGGACGCAUUCCGAGAGGCUUCGCAGACACCAGUGUAUGGAAAUUGGAAACAACCGGCAGGACAGCAGAUUUUGCCCACAAAACUAGCCUUAAAGCGCAGCAGCAGCAGAUAUUCGGAGAGAGGAGAAUCCUACGCGGAACAUUCCCACCAGAUAUUUGCUUUCAAGCGUCAAUCACCAUCGCCCCCGACGGAAGGAAGUCUUCAUGCAUCAAGUCCCCACAAGAAUCAGGACUUGGCCCAGCUGCCCGAACGUCUAAUCGAAGACCAUAGUGAUUAUCACCAAUACGACUUCUCCGAAGAUGACGAACCCGGUCCAGCAAUUCCGAGAUCUUGGACAGCGCCGCCAAGAACUUCAAGCAUGAAACAACCAAAUAAAGAGACGAGGCGAGAAGAAGAAGCGACCUCUCCUCCCAGACCGAUGGCCCGCAGGAGGAUGACAACCAGCGACGCACGCCCGUCGAUAAGAAACGGUGGGCUCUGGUCCAGCCAAGCGGCAGAGCUUUUCGCCCAAGGCGACGAACCGCCUGUUCCUGCGUUAUCCCAGUCCACCUCGAUCGCGACUUUAAAUUCCAAUCCUCCUAUGACGCCACUGUUACUGAGCGACCCUAGAGAAGACCAAGCACGCCGAGAGAUGGAAAGUUUUGCCAUUCAGGACGGCCCUGAGACACUCGAGCACCGAUACAAAAAGCGCAGGCCUCCUCUGCUAAAUUUGUUUGAUUCGGACGACGAGGAAGACCAGCAGUCGGUGUCCACCACACUGGAGCUGGACAAUUCGAGCUUACUGGACGCGAAUGAUGACCGCAGCGUCCCACCCCGGCGGCGGCGCAGAAGUAUUUUCAGCAUUUUCCAGAGGAGAUCGCCUGUUGAAAAGCUGAUUGACAUGUAUUUCGACGACGAGCCUGAGGAGAAGGUGGCCCCUUCGAAAGCAUCUGCUCGAUCCAGGAAAUGA